AUGGCAAAUCAAGAGAUAAGCUUAAAGUGGAAUGGAUAUCAAAGCAAUAUAUUGUCCAAUGUUAAAGAAUUGUAUAAAGAUGAGGGCUUAUCGGACGUCACGUUGGUCUCAGAAGGGCAUAGUUUUAAGGCUCAUAAAGUGAUUCUUUCUGCAAAUAGUUCUGUGUUUAGGUCAAUAUUUCAGCAAAACCCCCACAAGGAUCCAAUUAUAGUACUUCAUGAUGUCAAUACCGCGUCUUUGCGAACACUCUUGACAUUUAUGUACAAUGGAGAGGUAAAUGUAACAGAGGAUUUUUUACCAGUUCUCCUGAAAACUGCAGAAACAUUGAGGAUAUGUGGUUUGUCAACUGGGAGUGAAGAUACGCGGGAUGAGGACAAAACUACAUCAUCUCAAUCAAAAAAACGAAAAAAGAAUGAGCAUGAAGACAAUAAUAAUAAACAUAAGAAGCGUCAUACAUCUGCCAAGUCUGAUACACCCAUAAAUAAUAAUAAUUGUUGCAAUUCAGACACAAUGAAAAAUUCCACUAUUGUACCUAAAGUUGAACCAAUUGACUCACCAUUAACUGACUACUCAGGCGAUAAUACAAAUGACACAGACAUUGCUCUACUAGAGGAUAAUCUGGAGAAAAAAUAUUCAGUGGGAUCUGAAAGCCCAUCAGGAAAAUCAGUAUGUUCCACAAUUUUGAGUGAUGGCAAAGUGAAGAAAUGGAUAAAUGAAGUCAGUAGUACACAGCCUUGUCUUAAUACAAGUAAUGACAAAGCUAAUGGUAUAGAUUCCAUAGAGGAAGAUAGAGAUAGUGUUGAAAUAGACAAGGAAGUUGAAACAGUAUUGCAAAGUGGAACGAUUGUGGAGUCAUUAAGUGUUGCAACUGAAAGCUUGAAUUCUGUUUCAUGUGAGGUUCAAAGCAUUAAAGAUAAAUCCAACACAUGUUAUGCAAACCCUUCAUUCCCUUGUCCUUUUUGCCCUCGUGUGUAUAAUAGCUGGGGAUAUAGAAGAAGACAUGUAAAAUCCAGGCAUAUGACUAAUAGAUUGUCAUGCAAAUGGUGCGUUUCAGUCUUACCAUCCACUGGUGCUUGGUAUUCUCACGCAACACGAACCCAUGGUGUAGCUCACGAGGAGGCUAGAAACUCUCUGGUAGUUAUGGUAGAAGCUCACGCCGUGCUGACUUUGAACGAGCCAAGUGUUACACAGUUGUUGGGUCAAGUUGGAAUUUCAGACACGAACAAUGGCAGUAUAAAUGAGAAGAUUAAUUAG